UAUCGCUAAGAGGAUCAAACUCGGUCCGCUCCAAGGCAAGAACAUCUCGUUGGUGCGUGGACAGCUGGCUCUCUCCUCAGUAGUGAAAUGUGUUUUUUUUAAUCACGCUGUAUCUUUCUGAGAGCUUUGCAAGAUUGGCUGCUGUUAUAUUGAAUACAAUGUUUAAAUACAGUGCCUGACUGGAAGGUUUUCAUUAGCAUCGUUUAGGCACAGAAUUGGUAGUGACCCCAUCCCAAAUCCUGCCGCCCUGAAAGUCAGUAGCUGGGAAGCGCUAGAAUACCGUACUGUCAACGCUCAGAAAGUGUGGUUUGCAGUUUGUAUGCCUCAAUUUAUAGUUAAUCUACAGCACUAAUCACUCUGAAGUGUGUAUAUGCCUAUGCAUUUAACUACAUCUAAAGCAUUUGCCGUUUAUUAACUGCAGUAAAAUGUAACCGGUGUUGUAGGAGAACUGCAGGUGUGUUGGCUUUGUGUGAUGGUUUACUUUUAAAUCUCAUCUAAACUUUUUUCUUAUAAAAGUAAUCUAACUUCAGGACUGAUCAAGUAAAACCAGUAAAGCAACAAGCACUGGGCAAAAGAAAUUCCACUUAAUCCCCACCUAAGCACUUGAUUUUGUUACGUUUUACUCCUUCUAGAGUUUGUCUUAGUAAAGUUUCCAACAAUUAUCGUUUUUAUUUUGCGACUACAGGUAUCGGUUCUUCCUCACCAUUCAUUUUGGAAAAGUGGUGAGGCAAGGCACCAGGGGAGAUCCAAGUUCCUUAAUUUAACCAUGCAGGUAAAGGAUGAAGUAAAGCAAAAAACAUAUUAAGCAGUAUUUACAGAAGGUGAUAUACCACUGCCUUGUAUUUGUCUUGAGAUGGCUACUGUCUUUUAUCAUAUUAAACUUAUUAUUAUAUUUAGAUGGAAGGUCAGCAUAUCUUAACAGAAAGGAAAAUGAAAGAUGGAAACAUGUUAACUACUGCUUGUAAUAGUAGAAGGAAUCUUAUGGUUGCUUUCCUUUGGAUAUUCCUGUCACUAGAGAGCAGAUGAAUCGCUAUCGGGCUGCAGCUGAAACUGCUCAGAGUGAACUUGCAGCACUUUUGGUGAAGUACGAUUGUGCCCAAUCAGAGCUUCUUGAACUCAGGUCCAAAACGGUCUCUAAAGAAGCCUCUUUUCAACAGCUGAAGGCUGAAGCUGAAAGCUACAAGGAAAACAAUGCUAGACAGACUUCUCUACUUCUUUCUUUGCAAACCCGAGUUCAGGAGAUGGAGGAAGAAUUAAAUGUGCUCGCCACUUCUGAAAAACAGACCAAGUUGAGAGCUCAGGAAGCAUUCAAGGAGAACCGGGAGCUGAAGGAGAAACUUCAUGACCAAAAUGCUGAACUGAAUAAAUAUUUGAAUGAGUGUGAAGAAAGCAAGACUCAAGCUUCUAAGAUCAGCAGAAAACAUGAGGAACUACUUACACAGCUUUCUGGAUCCUUGGACGCAGACAUCAGAGAAAAAGAGGAACUGCAGGAACAUUUAAUUUUAAAGGCCUGUGAAAUACGUAAAGAAAAUAUGACUCUAAAAAGCCAGAUUGCUGCUCUUCAAGAAGCUAUCGAUGCCCAUGAGAUGGAGUCCAAGGCUAGCAGAGAAACUAUCAUGAGGCUUGUUUCAGAUGUGACCAAAGAGCAGAAAAAGGCAGCAGGAUACUAUCAAGACAUGGAAAAACUUAGUAAGGACCUUGACAAUGCUGUAAUAGCAAGACAGAGUUUGGAAAUGGAGAUCAGUACCCUCCAAGACAAACUGACUGCUAACCAGAAAGCCUGGGAAGCCUCAAAGCAAGAACUGCACAAUUUGAAGAGAUCGUCCAGUGAGCUGAACGGAAGUUUGAAGAACAGCCUAGAAGAGGCCAGGACUGCUCAAAACUCUUUGGUUUCUUUUAAAGAGCAAAUAGCUUCCCUACUCAGCAGUAGAUCUUCAAUAGUUAAACCUUCUGAGAAGGCCAUUUUAGAGAGGAUUCGAGAAAUAAACUGCAAAGAGGAGAGUAAAGAAAUAAUGGUAUCUCAGUUUGAAACUCAAAUAGCUAAAUUGACUGAAGCUUUGGAAAAUCAGACCACGUUGUACCAGGAAGCUCUGGAGAGGAGCAGGAAAGCUGAGAAACUAUCUGAGACUUUCCAGGAUGAACUGAAACAUUUGGAAGAGGAAUUGCUGUCUGGAGAUAUAAUGCAAGAUGGUUUGAAGCUUGAGAAACAAAAAUAUCUGAAAUUUCUGGAACAACUUAAUGAGAAGAUGAAACUGGACAGUGUAACAGCAGAUGUUGGAUUUGAUAUGAAUGUGGAUGCGAUUCUAGCUCGUGUAGAGCAGUUAGUGAAACUGGAAGGUGAUGCAGUGAUUGAAAAUAAGACCGUUGCAUAUAGCCUAAGAAGAAAGUUGAAGACUCAAAAAGAAAAACUUGAAAGUAAAGAGUUGCACAUGAACCUUUUGAGGCAAAAAAUAUCCCAGCUGGAAGAAGAGAAGCAAGUAAGGACAGUCCUAGCUGUGGAGCGGGAUGAGGCUAAUCUCACCAUCAGAAAGUUACAUAAGGUGAUAGAGAGGUUACAGCAGCAGCUUGAUCUGGCAAGGAAAGCUAAUACUGAUCUCAAAGCCAAGCUGUCUGAAACCAAUGAACUCAAGAUCAAAACUCUGGAGCAGAACAGAACAAUAGAAGAACUUAAUAAGUCUCAAGGCAAAUUGCAAAGAAUGAAAGAAAAGGCUGAGAAACAACUUACCUCUGUCAAAUCGGAACUUCAUUUAAAGGAGCAUGAAGCUAAUGAAGAUAAAGAAAAGGCCAAAAAUAUGUUAGAAGCAGUUACCAGUGAAAUGAAGGUGCUUAAAACAACCCUUGCAGAAGUAGGAAAAAGAGAGAGACAGUUGACAGACUUCCGAGAGGUGGUCUCACGGAUGCUGGGCCUCGAUAUUAGUAGCCUAGCUCUUCCUGACUAUGAAAUCAUCACGCGUCUUGAACGGUUGAUCCACUCUCAUCAGCACCAUUUUUUCCCAUGUGUCUGCCUCAAAGACGUGGCAAGGGGACAAGAUGAACACUCAGAAGGAAAAAUACAGCUUCUUCACUGAAAUACACAUUUUGCAAGGAAACAGAACCAAAUGAAAUUUUCUUUUGUCUUGCCACAUUUACUAGACAUGCAUAGAAAACAUUUAUUUCUGUUCCCUGCUCUACAGAUAUUUACUUGAGCUGAUUUUUAGUGUUUCUGCAGGGACUCUGAGUUGAAUGGACAGUGUGAAGCCAAUGGCCUGGAGAUAGCAAACUGAAAAAAAUCCCUGGGCAGCUUAAUAUUUCAGCUACGAAAAUGAUAGGCAAUAAGUGAGCAAUAUAUAGCGCUCCAGUUUCAAUGCAGAGGCAUGGAAGGCAUGGGCCACCCAAGAUCACCUUACAGUUUUAGGAAAUAUUCUCUAAGGAAUGUCAGCUUCAGUGAAUUCCUUAUGCUUUUACCCUGAGUGAUAGUGAAGAAAUAAAGUGGGGAUGGUCUCUUUCUUUUUCUCUUGCAAAAGGAGGCUCUCAGUGCAUUUUUAUGCAUAAGAAUUUCAGCUUCAAGCCAGUUGGUUGGAAAUUAGCCAGAAGACUACCAAAGUUGUGGAACAAGUAAUUCUUUUCUUCUUUAUUUUCUUUAGUCUACUACUGUGCCAAAACAAAAAAUUAUACUUUUUCAGCAAAAGCUCUUUCACAGUCAUAUGCCACGAGAUAGAUAUAUUUGGUAGAAUCGCAUGUUGCCCUUGGUUGUGAUGCCUUGGAAGCUUUUAUUUUAAUUGCUAUGUUCCUUGGGCGAUUACUCCUUAGGCAAAAUAAGUUGUGCUUCUUCUGAAUUAAUAAAAAGCUGUAUAAAAACCUUAAUCCACUACUGAAAAUAGUUGAAUAACAGAAUUCUUCAAUUUCAGAAUUCCUAAAGCAAUGAUGAUGAUGUCCAGAAAUACCUUUUAAUCACAAAAGCUGUGUCUAUCACCCUUUCUGUGUCAUGUUAAGCUUCAUGAUUGUUUAAAAAAUU